AUGGUGCCCAUCCCUGCUGGCGUGUUCACCAUGGGCACGGACGAGCCGCAGGUCCGGCAGGACGGGGAGGCCCCCGCGCGGAGAGUGACCCUGGAUGCCUUCUACAUGGACGCCUAUGAAGUCAGCAACGCCGACUUCGAGAAGUUUGUCAAUGCGACUGGCUACUUGACGGAGGCGGAGAGGUUCGGCGACUCCUUCGUCUUCGAGGGCAUGCUGAGCGAGCGCGUCAAGGCCGGCAUCCAGCAGGCAGUGGCAGCUGCUCCCUGGUGGUUACCGGUCAAGGGCGCCAACUGGAGACACCCCGAAGGGCCCGACUCGACUGUGCUGCACAGGCCCGACCACCCGGUUCUCCACGUGUCCUGGAACGACGCCGUGGCCUACUGCGCGUGGGCCGGCAAGCGGCUGCCCACAGAGGCCGAGUGGGAGUACGGCUGCCGGGGAGGCCUGGAGAACAGGCUCUUCCCCUGGGGCAACAAGCUGCGGCCCGGUGGCCGGCACUACGCCAACAUCUGGCAGGGCGAGUUUCCCAGGACCAACACCGGCGAGGACGGCUUCCGCGGCACGGCGCCCGUGGACGCCUUCCCCCCCAACGGGUACGGCUUGCACAACAUCGUGGGCAACGCCUGGGAGUGGACUUCCGACUGGUGGACCGUGCACCGCUCUGUGGAAGAGACGCUGAACCCCAGAGGACCCCCUUCCGGGAAGGACCGGGUGAAGAAGGGUGGAUCCUACAUGUGCCAUAAGGCUGAGGUGCUCUCGGGACAGGUCACAGGCGGUAGCCCGGGCCCAGCGAGCCGUGGACCCUUGCAGAGACUCGUCCUGGCUCCACUCUGCCCUCCCUGGGGGACGCCGUCGUUGUACCCCGCGUUUCUCCCUUCCGCUCCAUGAAAGGUCAGUGGGGGCCACGCUGGGUGCCAGACUCCUUUGACAUGACUAUGUGACUGGCCUCUCCCCGGGACUUGACUGCGCCUCGAGAAGUUCUUCAUCUGUGUCAGAAACACUGACUUGACAGCUAUGCCAGUGUCCCCUGGCGUGGACGCGGCUGCGGGCUCACGAGCGGCGGGCAGAGGCCGAAGCCAGGCGGACGGACUGGAGUCCGGGACAUCCCGAGCGGCCGUGCCGCGUCCUGCCCAGGCGCCCACUCGCGACGAGCAGCCAGGCGCAGAGGGCUGGCAGGGAAGAGCCGCUGGCGACUCGCCGGCGCCCGGGAAGCGGCGCCCGGCCAGCCAGCGGAGUUCUUCCGUUCACCUGUACAUCUAGCUUAACUGUGUCUUGCCCGCGAUGUGCCGGGACUUAGGAACUCAGAGAAACACCAAAGCGGACGUGGAGAAGGCGACUCCGCGUCUCCGGUGUCGCCGCAACAGAAACUUGGGUCUUUUUCGGGCAGCUGCCGGGGCACAGCCCACCAUGCAGGCGCUGGCAUUACAUGCAAACUGGUGAGUGCACAGCGAGGCUCUCGAAAUGGCCUUGCAGAACUGGGAAAUUUCAAGUUUGGGGACAGGAAAACCUAAGCAGAAACAUCGGGCCGCAGAGGUCUGGUUCCUAAGAAGGGGGACCGGCAGACAGCGGCUGCAGAGAAGCUACGCCCGCGUGCCACGCUCCGCGCCCGUCUCUGGACGGCCUGGCACGCACGGAGCCUCGGGGCCUGGCCCGGGCCUCGGGCUCCCUGCUGGGGUAACGGGGCAGCUUCCAUCUUCUGAGCGACGGCACAGUCGUGAGGCGUGGGGGCGCCGUGGGGGCCGUCUGCCUGGCAGCACGGAGCAGGUGGUGCGCGGAGUAUUUCUGACGGCCUGAUGGCAGCUGUCGAUAACCUCUGAAUGGAAGUUUGGCUCUUCAAAAUCACAUUCUGUCCCGAAGCAGCAGAAACUGAAAUAUGACACUGUGUAAUGUUCUGGGCUGCAAACCUGGUCCUUGAUUCUGAAUUUUAAGGAAGCGCUGGACAAAUCUUCAUUCCUUUUUUGGUGUUUUGGAAACACUAGCUGUAAGAAUCUGAGCACUUGGCUUCUCGUCCAAUGAGUGUGUUAGCUCCAAGCAGCUCCUAGGAACCUGUGAGCCAGAUAAUUCUUGUCAAGGUCAAGUUGGGAUUUUAAAAAGAAUGUUUAAAAGUGGUUUCUGAGACCUCCGAAAUGGUUAGCUCCCAGCCUGAGCUUAACAAAUCAGUUAGUUAAUUUUCCACUUGAGUUUGCCACCGACAGCGCCCCGAUGCUUAUUUCCGACCUGAACAUGCGCGUGUUCUUUCUGCUUUUUCAGAGAGUAACCAACAGUGAACAGUUAACUCUGCACCGAAUUUUUCACACCUCAAUUGUGGGUACAGAUGCCCACGAAGGCAGGGCUUGGCAAAAGCGAGCUGUUUUGAUCUUUCAUAAGCUGUGUUUUAAUCUUCCGUGCAUAUCUGGCAGCGAGCUACUUGCAAGAGCUAGAGGCUUGUUAGGCUUCAGCAUGUUUCCCCCGCCCUCGCUGAAACGUCAGCUCCAGGAAGAAGGGAUCUUGGCAUUUUUCUGGAACUUGCGCGGCCCAAGGCGGUGCUGGCAGCCAGGCAGCCCGAAGGCUCGGAGGCAGUGCCGGCUUCGGCUAGCUGUCAUCUGGGGUCAGGCUCGGUCCCCAGGCUUCUGUCCUCCCGCCCCACUUCUGUUUUUCACAGGAACUAAGUGCUGUCCCGACGCCCUUGUAAGUUCAAGGGCAGGGAUUUACGGUUGCCUUCCUUUUAUCUCCAACACCUAACUUAGCACAGUGCCGGUUAGAAGAACUCAGUUACUUCUCGAACAAGAAAAGAUGCACAAGUGAUUCUGACCAGGCGCUCGGCAGUGUUUCGUCCUGACCAGGCACUUACAGGUCGGUGUGCGAUACAGUGCCAGUCCCAGGUGGGGUUUUUAAAGACGUAUUUAUU